GAGCUCGGGGGGGCUCGGGCGGCUGGCGUGUGGCUUUGUAGCCCCAGAGGGUUCUGGAAGGAGAUGUCUGGGGAAAGCCCUCCCACUCACCAGCCCUGGCUUCACAGGUGGCGACAGCACGGCCCCAGCACCACGAACCACUCAUGUGAACUUCCCUUCUCCCGUCACUAGAGGAUCCCAGCACAUCCCAGGAGAGAUGGAGCGUGCCGGAAGACUGAUCCUCAUGCGAUGCUCUCUUCCCUCCCUGAGCCCCAAUCUCGGGUGGAGGCCACAUCUGUUCCUCCUGCUCUGGGCCCUUCUUCCUUUCUGUUUCCCUUUCAGUGUGGAAGAGUGGCCGCUUGCCCAGCAGGACGGUCCCAAAUAGCAUGGCUUUUCCAGGCACGGUGCUGUCGGCGGCACAGAACAGGACCCUCCCGGCAGCUCCGGCUUGCACAGCAUCCGCCCGUCCGGCCCCUGUGGAAGUUUCUAACUCCCAACGCCCAGACUGGAGCGGGGGCAAAGGACACGGCCUGACCCCAGAGGCACACAGAGCCAGCCCUCCACGGACGAACGUGCCCAGGAACUGUGGGCUGGGCCUUCCUGCCUCCUCCCCUGCCGGGAAAGCGAUGCCAGGAGCAGGUGAGGGUCGGACGCGCUCAGGCCCAGCCCUCGCCCUUUCAGGUCUGGGGGACACAGUGGAGUCCCAGCCUCGAGAAGUUUCCCCAACCUCUCAGCAACUUGAAGAGCAAUGCCAGGCACCGAAUAACCGGCCCCCGCCCCUUAUCUCCGGCCGACCCGUCCGCCGAGGUGGCUGCCCUGGGAACCUCCUGUUCCUCGUCCAGGAGAGGAAACGCACACCCGGGCCGGACGCACAGAAGCCGCACCCUGGCCGGGGCCACAAGCCUGACAGCUACCGACAAGCCCCCACCCACAGGAGCACGCGACGUCCUCUCUUUUCAAGGGAAAGGUUUUUCUUCCUGGGCCCUGGAAUGGGCCUGAAGUCAGCCGGCCUCAGCCCACAGGGUGAAUGAGGGGUGGGCACAGCCCGGCCGCGGCCCCAGCACACACGGGCGGGCGCAGGGGCGGGGGAGCGCCAGCCCCGCAGUGUGUUCGGAGCCCAGCGGCUCUGAGUCGCCGCCACCAGCCUGGCCGCCUUCUGCUCCACGUAGGUGAAGUCAGCCGUCUAGGGCUGCGUUUCCAGCCAUCUGUCCCUCCACAGAGGCUCACACCUCCCUCCCCGCUGUUCCCACAGCCUGGCUCGGGGCCUGCCCAACACAGAUGGACGCUUCCCAAAGGCUGUGCGCGCCAUCGCUGCCACCCGGCUGUGCCGAGGCCCGCGGCCGUCAGGACCCCAGGGACCGCACGCCAGGCAGGGUCCAGGACCCCCAGCGCGGACCACCUUUAUUUAGCCUGCGGGGCAGCGCCGGGGACCCGGGCAGGAGAGAGAGGAGCAGGAGGGAGCUCUGGACCCUCCUCCCCAGACCGGCCGCCGCCACCUCUGCCUCUCCCAGGGCCGCCCUCGGCCUCCCCACUCCCGGGUCUCCGUCACGCGGGCCGCGGGGCCUUUGUUAGGAAAACCGGGCGGCCCCAGGGGAGCCCGCGAGACUCCCAGCGCCCGGGCGCGUCGUUCCCCCCGAAGUUUCGCCGCAGCCCCCGCAGGUCAGGCUCUGCUCACGGGGGGCUGCGCUCAGCCCGGAUGGGUGGGCGCUGGGCGGGUUGGCUCCACCCUGCCGUGGGCACCAACUUUGAAAACGGCCCGUGCGCUCGGCGCGGCUGCGGCGCAGAUCCGGGAACGGCAGCCGCGGGCGGAGUCGGGGUAGAGCGGCGGCGGCGCGCGGGGCGGACACGGCACUUACGGUCGGGGGGUCCGGGGGAUCCGGCGGGCGGCGGACGGCGGACGGCGCACACUCGCGACUCGGUCCGGGAGUCGCUGCUCCUUCCAGCUUGGUCCCCGCCUCCACGACUCAGGGGCGGCUGCGCGCUGUCUUCUGGCGCCCCACCGGGCUCAGGCGCGCGGCGGGGCUGGGGCGCGCGGGGCGGCCGCCUGGGCCAUGCCGGGGACUCGGCUCCGGCCACCCCGCGCGGGAACAAAGCGCGCACCCCGCCCGGGGCGGUCUCCGGCCUCCGCGGCCCGCGCUGGGUCCAGCCGCCGCGCCUGUGGCUCCAACGCCGCGCGCUCGCCCGAGAGUCUCACGGGGCCCCGCGGCCCCCGCCCCGCGCGCUCCGCCUCCGCCUCCUGCCCCCCGCCGCCGCCGCUGCGCCACCUGCCUCCCGCCCGGCGCCCAUCGCGCUCAGCUCCGCCCCGGGGCGCCGGCCUGGAGAGGGGCUCCCCGCCGCCGAGAGCCGCCCCCAACGCCUCCGCCACCGGGGCCGCGCACACCCACCUCGCAGCAGUCGGCAGCCGCGGGCCUCGCAGCUUCAGAGCCGCGGCUUCUGGCGGCCGCGCGGGAGGCUGAACGGGAGCUGUGGCUUCGCACAGGGCCCGGGAGCAGAAGCUGGCCUGGACCUGGGCCGGAAGCCCUCGCCCAGCACCAGCGGCACGUCCGUGGUCUCGAAAAGAAAACGAAGGAACGAUAACCCCCGCCACUCUCGAAGUCACACGGCUUCCCUUCUUCUCUUCCUCAUGCCUGGCCCCCUCCCCUCCUCUCCCGUCUCUCUUCACCUCUCUUUACCUGGAUCUGUCUGUGCUUGUUCUGCGUUCCCCUGUUCUCCAGGGAAGGAACCACGUCGGUCUGUUCACCCGUCCCCUGGACUGGCACCGGCACAGAGGGUCGAGUGUUGGCACCUGUCUUCCGGGUCUCCAUCCCUCCCUUUGUUGAGUGACUGCAUGUUCUCAUUUCCUGAUCAUACAAUUCUUCGAGAGGUAUCGUUAUCCGCAUCUUAUUUUAUUUUCAUCUUCUUUUCUGUUACCUGUAUGUUUGAAUUUUCCUAUUUUUGUUUCAUCUUUGCUUUUUUAAAUUAAAAAAUCAGUUUUAAAAUUGCACCUGCAGUACAAAAUCAGGGUGGCGACCGGGUUGCUGCCAUUCCCUCCCCUCGGGUCUGUGGCUUCUCAGCUCCAGCUCGGGUCACAGACCUGCUGCCACGGCCCCAGGGUGGGCACAGGGCUAGCAGGACAGUCAUGCAGGCAGCCGCGGCCCCAGCGAUUGGUCCAGGAGGAGGGCAGGUGACCACACGCGGCCAAUCACAAUCCUUCCCUGGGAGUUUUUGAACUGGAACAAGAGAGGAAGGACCUCUUCUUUGGUCUGCGUGGGAGGCAAGCCCAGAGUGGCCUGGACAGCUGCUGGGAAGAGGAGGUGGGCAGAGCGGCCGAGGGUGUGCUAAUGGUUGGGUCUGUGGGGCCUGAAACCGGUGCCCCUGCCCAUCCUAUAGUUUGGUGCUUGAGCCAGCACAGUCCCAGGUCUCCCUGACGCCUCCGAGCUGGGUUUCUGUCACUUGCAGCUGCAGCAUUCUGGCACAGACUGUGCAGAGGUGGGUUUGGGUCUCCCCGGCCCCAGCAGCCCCAGGAGCCUGUGAGAUCUAAGCCGGAAGCUGCUCUGGGCACCUGAGUGCUGACAGCCCGAGUGAUGGGAACAGGCCGGCUGCUAUGCAGAGACAGAGAGACUAAUUUUUAUCAGCCAGACACCUGGCCAGGCCCCAGGGUGGACAAUCUCCAAACCGCAUGCAUCCCGGCACUGACAAAGCCGUCUAUCAUCGCUGGAGCCAGGACACCCGGGGAGGCUCUGCCAGGCCACGGGGUGAGGGAGCUGCCGCCCUCCAGUCCUUCUCCCGCGGGGCACCGAGACGGAUUUCAGCAAGACAAAUGCCCAGGCCACAGGGUGAGGGAGCUGCCGCCCUCCAAUCCUUCUCCCGCGGGGCACCGAGAUGGCUUUCAGCAAGACAAAUGCCCAGGCCACAGGGUGAGGGAGCUGCCGCCCUCCAAUCCUUCUCCCGCGGGGCACCGAGACGGCUUUCAGCAGGACAAAUGCCCAGGCCAUGGGGUGAGGGAGCUUCCGCCCUCCAAUCCUUCUCCCGCGGGGCACCAAGACAGCUUUCAGCAAGACAAAUGCGGCCCUGCCACUCCCUGACCGAGAUAAAGUCUCAGCUCCUGAGCCUGGGGUGCGUGCUGCUCACCCCCACCGCCUCUCUGAGCUCCAGCCUCACAGGCACACACCGCUCCCCUGCCCAGAACAUUCUGCCCACAGACUCCUCUUAGCCUCAGGUCCCUGCGUGGGAGGCAGGAAUUCCCUGAUCUACCCUUCCUGAGUCGGAGAGACGCCUCCCGUACCCCCAUGACAGCCCAUCACAAUUGUUCACGGAUCUCUGUGUUCUCCCUCAACAAAUACUUGGUGGACCCCCUGGAUCCACAGCUCAAGGCUUCCUUCACCCCCAUCCCCGCACCCUGGGGACGGCGUGUCCAGGACCCCCACGCGGGGCCUGCGUCGAGACGGCGUGUCCGGGACCCCCACGCGGGGCCUGCGUCGAGACGGCGUGUCCCGCCAUCGGGUUUGCUGCUGAAUGGGCAGAUGAUCUAAUGAGUGACCGUCCUCACCCACGAGAAAAAACACAACCUGGUCUCCAUCUGCCGGUUAGAUCGGCCCCCAGUCCUGCUGGCCCCAGCGAUGACAGAGGAGGAGGAAUGAGGAGUGCCGUGCCUGGGCUGGGCCGCCGCCUCUCUCCCUCGGCUGGGUUUGUCAUGCUCAACCAGACCCGCUCCCGAUGGAGAGGCCGAGUGACCCUCAUUUCUGCCUUUGCAUCCCUUUUUUCCAGGGCCUGCGGGGCUGACAGGCACACAGCCAGGGGUGAGGGUUCACAGAAGAACGAAGGAAGGAGUGAGCGUGGGGAGAGCCAGCCAGCCUCCCCAUGUCCACCCAGAUGGUGAGCUGGCCCUGCCCUGGAGACACUGUGUCCAGAGGCCAGCAGAGCCCUCAAAACGGUUCCCACAGCUCCCGGCGGAGCCCUCAAAAUGGUCCCCACAGCUGCCGCCCACUCUUGGGACCCUGAGUGUGGGGAGGCUGGGGUUGAGGAGUGGGGAUCAGGAUCUGGCAGGAUCGGAAUGUAGGGGCCUGGGGGCUCCCGGCUGGGGACAGCGCCAGCAGGAGUGGCCGGGAUGAUGGUGAGGUGAGGUGUCUGCUCCCAGGCUGUGUGUGGCUUGGAUGCCAAAGCGCCUUUUGCUGUAUUCGGCACCCUGAGACCCUUAUGUCUGCCUAUUGAAGGCACAGUUUACUCCCGGGAAAAUAAACAUUUGGGUUUA